AAUGUUGACCAUUGCUCUUCUUGCCCUUCUCUGUGCCUCAGCCUCUGCCAAUGCCAUUCAGGGGAGGUCCUCCUCCUACAACGGGGAGUAUGGAGGCGGUGGAGGAGAGCGCUUCUCUCAUUCUGGCAACCAGCUGGAUGGCCCCAUCACCGCCCUGCGCGUGCGUGUCAACAAGUACUACAUCGUAGGGCUCCAGGUGCGCUAUGGCAAGGUGUGGAGCGAUUAUGUGGGUGGCAAGCAGGGAGACCUGGAAGAGAUCUUUCUGCACCCUGGGGAGUCGGUGAUCCAGGUGUCUGGCAAGUACAAGUACUACCUGAGGAAGCUGAUCUUUGUAACUGACAAGGGCCGCUACCUGCCUUUUGGGAAAGACACAGGCACAAGCUUCAACGCCGUUCCCCUGUACCCCAACACCGUGCUGCGAUUCAUUAGUGGCCGAUCUGGUUCCCUCAUCAAUGCCAUUGGUCUGCACUGGGAUGUCUACCCCAGCGACUGCAGCAGCUGCUAA